CUUACAGCAGAUUGGUUAGUUGGGGACUUGGGGCAGCCUGAAAAUAUGGGUCUCUCUCUUUCUCCUUUGGUUCUAAUAGUUCUUGCUUGUUCCACUGGUUCUUUUCUUCAAUGUAAUGGCAACCCCUUUCGCCGCCACCACAGUCGCGUUGCCAAGCAUAACUAUAGAGAUGCACUUUCCAAAUCUAUCAUAUUUUUCGAAGGCCAAAGGUCAGGGAAGCUUCCCUCUAACCAGAGGGUUACUUGGAGAAGAGACUCUGGCCUCUCAGAUGGUGCUGCCAUGCAUGUUGAUUUGGUGGGAGGAUACUAUGAUGCUGGAGAUAAUGUGAAGUUCGGGUUCCCAAUGGCCUUCACCACCACCAUGCUUUCCUGGAGUGUGCUUGAGUUUGGUGGGCUGAUGAAAGGAGAGUUACAAAAUGCAAAACAAGCCAUCCGUUGGGCUACUGAUUACUUGCUUAAAGCUACUGCACAUCCAGACACCAUUUAUGUUCAGGUUGGUGAUGCAAACAAGGACCAUUCUUGCUGGGAAAGACCAGAAGAUAUGGACACUCCGAGAAGUGUUUUCAAAGUAGACAAAAACACUCCCGGUUCUGAUGUAGCUGGGGAAACUGCUGCUGCUCUAGCAGCUGCCUCUUUGGUCUUCAGAAGAAGUGACCCCACUUACUCCAAGCUUUUGGCUAGGAGGGCUAUCAGGGUGUUUCAGUUUGCUGAUAAGUACAGAGGCCCCUAUAGCAAUGGGUUGAAAAAGAAUGUAUGCCCGUUCUAUUGCUCUUAUUCUGGUUAUCAGGAUGAAUUGUUGUGGGGGGCUGCUUGGCUACACCGAGCCACCAAGAACCCUACCUACCUAAGCUACAUUCAGGUAAAUGGGCAGAUACUUGGAGCUGCAGAGUUCGACAACACUUUCGGAUGGGAUAACAAACAUGUCGGAGCAAGGAUUCUUCUUUCCAAGGCAUUCCUUGUCCAGAGACUGAAAUCUCUCCAUGAUUACAAGGGACACGCAGAUAAUUUCAUUUGCUCCAUCAUACCAGGAGCCCCAUUCUCUUCAUCUCAAUACACUCCAGGUGGGCUCUUGUUUAAGAUGAGUGACAGCAACAUGCAGUAUGUUACCUCCACUUCAUUCCUGCUUCUCACCUAUGCCAAGUACUUAACAUCAGCCCACCAGGUUGUUAACUGCGGUGGCAUCAGGGUCACCCCGAAAAGGCUCCGAACCAUUGCCAAGAAACAGGUGGACUAUCUGCUAGGGGACAACCCGUUAAAGAUGUCCUACAUGGUAGGAUACGGUCCAAGGUACCCGCAAAGGAUACACCAUAGGGGCUCAUCUUUGCCAUCGGUUGCAAAUCACCCAGCCAAGAUCCAAUGCUCCGCAGGCUUUAGUUUCAUGAAGUCUCAAUCUCCCAACCCCAACAUUCUGGUAGGUGCAGUCAUUGGUGGUCCAGACCAGCACGACAGGUUUCCAGACCAACGGUCUGAUUAUGAGCAAUCAGAACCAGCAACAUACAUCAAUGCACCCCUUGUAGGAGCGUUAGCUUACCUUGCUCACUCUUUUGGUCAGCUUUAAGGGACCCAAUAGUCUCCACCACUACCCCUUUUCAGGGUUAUCUGCAACUUUAACAUAUUUAGGUAUCCGUAAUGUUUUCUUUUUAAUUAAUUUAAAAAGUGUUAAAAAGUUAUAGUAGUAGUCCUCCGGGAAGUGCACAAAGCGUCGAGGCAAAUGGGGGUCCAAACCUUGAAGGCUGAAGCACAAUUGUCAAGGAUGAACGGGGUUGUGUUUGUUUUUAUCUAUAAACAGUUUUUAGCCUUUGGUAUUAAUGGCGUGCCAAGAACGGCGUUUAUUUGUAACGGCAAAGCUCAAGCUAUAAGAAUUUUGGGCUCGAACAAGUAAUAGUCCGUUUUGGGGAUUUGCUUUUUCUC